CACGACAAAGAUGACAUGGCGAUGCAGGAUGACGUCUACAUCCCUCUCAUUACGAAAAGGUCCGAUUUAAAGCCAUUGGAGGGCAAAUAUUGGACGAGAGCUGAGAGGAAACAAUGGGCAGCUGGUCUAUUUAUAGGAUGUGCGGUCUUAUACGCGUGUCGGACUGUUACUCCUUUGUGUGUGUCAGCCAUGGCCAAAGAGAUGGGGUGGGAUAAAACACAAUCAGGAUCUGUGCUUUCCUCCUUUUUCUGGGGAUACACCAUGACCCAGUUUCUGGGUGGAUAUUUAGCAGAUAAGAUUGGAGGAGAUGUCAUUUUACCUAUAGUAGCAGUAUUCUGGUCCAUGAUAACCUUCUGGACCCCUCAACUUGUUCACCUGUCAACAGACAGAAACCUUACAAUACAGAUUAUUGUUGUCUCUCGGGUUUUCCUUGGCAUGUUCCAAGGGUUCCAUUAUCCCAGUUUUAGCUCCAUUAUGUCCAGGAAAGUUUCUGACCAGGAGCGAUCCUUCACCUAUAGUUUUAUUUGUUCUGGAUCUCAUUUUGGUACUUUACUAUGUGGAAGUAUCGGAUCUAUACUUUUAGAAAACUUUGGAUGGCAAAGUGUUUUUUAUUUUGUUGGUUUGUGCAGUAUACUGUGGAUGCUGUGUAUGAGGUAUUUGAUUAUAGAGAGACACAGGCGGAAGUAUCUCCAGCCCCCCACCCUCACAGUCAGUGACAACACAGUCCUGGCAGAAAAAUUCCCUGAGAAGAAAUCCGUGCCAUGGUUGAUGCUCUUCGUCAAACCUGCUUUCUGGUCUCUGUUAGUAGGACAUUUUUGUGAAAAUAAUGCCUUUUAUAUCUUGUUGUCUUGGUUGCCAACAUAUUUCCAUGAAAAUUUCCCAGAUGCAAAGGGCUGGGUGUUUAAUGUGGUGCCAUGGGUGGUGACCAUGCUUAGUUCCAUUUUCAGCGGCUGGCUCGCUGAUUACAUGUUGUCUAAAGGGUGGAGUGUAACAUUUGUCAGAAAAUUUAUCGAGUCUAUAGCCUUGUGUGGUACUGCCUCAGCAUUAGUACUUCUGUCUUACACCAGUACUUAUGGAUCGGCUCUAGUGUUGAUGGCUAUAGCUGUGAUGUGUUGUGGUUUCCACAACAGUGGGAUACUGGUGAACCCUCAGGAUAUAGCUCCUACACAUGCAGGAUCUGUCUUUGGUAUUAUGAAUAUGGCAGGUGCUGUUCCUGGCUUUGUUGGUGUGUACUUGGCGGGCCAUGUACUAGAAGCCACUAAGAGCUGGGGAGCCGUGUUUAAUCAAACAGCUGGGGUAUGCAUGUUUGGAUGGCUGGUUUAUAUGAUAUUUGGGACUGGAAAGCGGAUAGUGUAAACUCUGUGUCUUGCCUUGUAUGUGACAUCUUGAUUUUGAUAUGUACAGCAGUAUUUAUUUAUGAGGUGAACUGAAAGUAGCAGAGCAUUAAAUGACAAACAACAAAAAGAGAGAAGGGAGAGAAUGUUUACUCAGUUUUGUGGCAUGUCAAGUCUUACUACAACAAAUGUUUGAAAAUUGUGCUCAAUGUAUUUUAUCACAGGAGAUAUGCUUAUAAGUUAAAUAGUGUAUUUUCUUAAAAUGUAACAAGUACAUGUCAGAAAGACGGGAGAAAUGUGAAACUGUGACCAGAAACAUUUUAGAAUUUUAAAACACAUCCAUUGAUACCAAAUAUGAGGCAUAUGAAAUCAUGAUACAAUUGUGUAACAAUCAUUAUGGUAGUUUUUUUUAUAAAAUGUCACUAUACCAGGCUUGUGGCGGUGCAUACAGUUGUUGGCAACAAUAUACAUCUAACAUCACUGCACUUAUUGUUCUCUAUUGGCACAAAUGUACUUUGGCUGAAAAAUUAUACAUGUACAUAUUGUAUGCCUACCUUCACUGCACAUUUUUGGCCCCACAGUUAGGGUUGCCUAAGGAUUUUUUUUUUAUAGUAAGUAUUGUGGAAUAGAUAUUAUCUAAGCAGUAUCCAUACAGGUGACAAAACAUACCAUCACAGGGCUAAGUAUUGUGGAAUAGAUAUUAUCUAAGCAGUAUCCUUGGUUUAUAGGGCAAGGCUGGGUAUGUUGACAUGAGUGUUACAUGAGAAUUUUUUGUGCAAACAGAAUGUAAAUUUUAUCUUGUGGAAAUGUUUGCUCACAAAAAAGAGUGCAUUUAAUGCAAAAUAAAUGACAAUUGUAUGUUUCAGUUUUACAUGUAUGUAUGUAUGUAUGUAUGUAUGUAUGUAUGUAUGUAUGUAUUGAACUUGCCAUGUGUUUAGGAGGAGCUGUCUCAAGAUAGGGAUAUUCUCCUUAAGAUCAUUAAUGCAGUCUUGAAAAGGUUUGGAAUAACACAAGGUAGCUUGGAACUUCUAGAAAUCUUUUUUUUUAUUUACAUUUUCGUGACUUUAAAUGAAAAAUUGUAAUAUUUUUUCUUAAUUUUUAUGAAAUUCUAUAACCACAGUAAAACAUUGAUCCACACCCAAAAAGAAA